AUGUGUACAUAUUCACUAGCUAUCCGGUCCAUUUUUGCUCUCAGCGUCGAAUAUGCACAAAAAGCCCUUGUGCAAUUUUUUUUUCUUUCCUAUCUUCUUGUAACCGAGGAUAGUAUUUUUUGGUUAUUGGAAUUUAUUCCGUAUACACCAAUUCUAUACUUAUAUCUAUCUAUCUAUCUAUCUAUCUAUCUAUCUAUCUAUGUAAUGUGUGCGUGUCAAGACUCCAACCAGUCCACUUCGUUUCCAUUUGUUAAAACAUCUUGCCGUUUAGUCGGUUUUCAGGCUGCAUUUUCACUUAUUCCUCUGGUUGUUGGUGACGUUGUUCUCUCGACUGUGUCUAUUGUUGCUGCGUCUGUUGUUGUGUCUUUGUCUGUUGGCACUCCUGUGCCUGUUGAUGUUGCUCUGUUUGAUGAUGCUGUCGGGCCUGUUGCUGCGUCUCUUGUUGUUGUUGUUGAGAAGGCUUCUCCUUCUUCGAGCUCUGUUGUUUUCGCCCUGGUGAGACAUCCUGGGGUUGCUGCUUUGCGCCCCUUCCUGGUCACUUGCUCUCACUCAAUGGCCUCAUUAGGGGCCUGA